AUGGAUGGGCAGCUCGCGGAGGACGGCCAAAAAGUUUUUAAGAAGGCCAGUCCCAACGGGAAGCUCACAGUCUACCUGGGCAAGAGGGACUUUGUGGACCACAUAGACGUUGUCGAUUCAGUGGACGGCGUGGUGCUGGUGGACCCGGAAUAUUUGAAAGAAAGGAAAGUUUUUGUGACGCUGACAUGCGCCUUCCGCUAUGGCCGGGAGGACCUGGACGUCCUGGGGCUGACCUUCCGGAAGGAUCUUUUCGUCGCCAACAUCCAGGCCUUCCCCCCUGUCGCCGAAGAGAAGAAGCCCCUGACGCGACUCCAGGAACGGCUGAUUAAGAAGCUCGGGGAGCAGGCGUACCCUUUCACCUUCGAGAUCCCCCCCAGCCUCCCCUGUUCCGUGACGCUUCAGCCCGGCCCCGAAGACACAGGAAAGGCGUGUGGUGUCGACUAUGAGGUGAAAGCCUUCUGCGCGGAGAAUCCAGAGGAGAAGAUCCACAAGAGGAACUCCGUGCGCUUGGUGAUCCGCAAAGUCCAGUAUGCACCGGAGCGGCCGGGACCCCAGCCCAUGGCAGAGACCACCAGGCAGUUCCUCAUGUCGGACAAACCCCUGCACCUGGAGGCAUCCCUGGACAAGGAGAUUUACUACCACGGAGAGCCGAUCAACGUUAAUGUCCACGUAACAAACAACACCAACAAAACAGUGAAGAAGAUUAAAAUCUCAGUGCGCCAGUACGCAGACAUCUGCCUGUUCAACACCGCCCAGUACAAGUGCCCGGUUGCCGUGGAGGAAUCUGACGAUGUGGUGGCGCCGAGUUCAACGUUCUGCAAGGUCUACACGCUGACCCCGUUCCUCGCCAGCAACCGGGAAAAGCGCGGCCUGGCCUUGGACGGCAAGCUGAAGCACGAGGACACCAACCUGGCUUCCAGCACGUUGCUGCGAGACGGCGCCAACAAGGAGAUCUUGGGCAUCAUUGUGUCGUACAAAGUGAAAGUGAAGCUGGUCGUCUCCCGGGGAGGUGACGUGGCCGUGGAGUUGCCUUUCACCCUCAUGCACCCGAAGCCGAAGGAGGAACCCUUGCACAGAGACGUUCCAGAAAACGAAGCUCCCGUUGACACAAACCUUAUCGAGCUGGACACAAAUGACGAUGACAUCGUUUUUGAAGACUUUGCCCGGCAGCGGCUCAAAGGCAUGAAGGACGAGAAGGAGGAAGACGAAGAGGGCACAAACUCUCCGCAGCUGAACGACAGAUAAACUGGAGCGCUCCCCCCCCCACCUCCAACUUCCUUCUCUUCGUUUCACAGUAUAAAACGCCGCCCGUGCACUAGGGCCGCUUCUCUUUUUGUAUAAGUCAUUUGUUUUCUAAGACGGUGCCCGAGAGCCCAGGCUGGGGGCCCCUUGGCCAUCUCGUGGGCAGCUGUGCCAACCACAGUUCCGCUGCCGGGUGCCGAGAGCGCAC